AACAGAUAUGCUCGACACUGAAGUUAGCGUGUCGGUCCCUGUUUUCCAUAUCCAAUAUAGACUCCACCUCCGGACUGUUGUCAAUAUAUAAAUAUACAAAAUAAACACCUCUCUUCAAUUUAUCCUCUGCUAGCUCUCAACUCUCAAAGUCAAUGGCCGAUCCAAGCUCUAGUCAGCCCUCUCCUUCCACAGACCCUAAGAAAGACUAUUCGACUGCAAUUUUGGAGCGAAAGAAGUCUCCCAAUCGACUUGUUAUUGACGAGGCCAUCAAUGAUGAUAACUCUGUGGUGGCUAUGCAUCCUGCUACCAUGGAAAAGCUUCAGUUUUUUCGUGGUGACACGGUGCUAAUUAAGGGAAAGAAGCGAAAAGACACUGUUUGCAUUGUUCUUGCUGAUGAACAAUGUGAGGAACCGAAAAUCAGAUUGAACAAAGUUGUCAGGGCUAAUCUUAGAGUCCGCCUUGGAGAUGUUGUGUCUGUCCAUCAAUGUCCUGAUGUGAAGUAUGGGAAGCGAGUUCAUAUCCUUCCUAUUGAUGACACUAUCGAGGGUGUUACUGGAAGUCUUUUUGAUGCAUAUUUAAAGCCAUAUUUCUUGGAAUCGUACCGCCCUGUAAGAAAAGGUGACCUUUUCCUUGUCAGGGGUGGCAUGCGCAGUGUUGAGUUCAAGGUAAUUGAGACAGACCCUGGUGAAUACUGUGUUGUGGCACCAGACACCGAGAUCUUUUGUGAAGGAGAGCCCAUCAAACGUGAGGAUGAGGAGAGGUUGAAUGAAGUGGGCUAUGAUGAUGUUGGUGGUGUUAGGAAACAGAUGGCUCAGAUUCGUGAGCUAGUUGAACUUCCUCUUAGGCACCCACAGCUUUUCAAAUCAAUUGGUGUUAAACCACCAAAAGGUAUCUUGCUGUAUGGGCCGCCUGGGUCUGGUAAAACUCUGAUUGCAAGGGCUGUUGCUAAUGAGACAGGUGCAUUCUUCUUUUUGAUUAAUGGUCCUGAGAUAAUGUCAAAGCUGGCUGGUGAGAGUGAAAGCAACUUGAGGAAGGCAUUUGAGGAGGCUGAAAAGAAUGCUCCAUCCAUAAUUUUUAUUGAUGAGUUAGAUUCUAUUGCUCCCAAGAGGGAAAAGACUCAUGGUGAAGUGGAGAGGCGUAUAGUUUCACAGCUUUUGACUUUAAUGGAUGGCCUCAAGUCACGGGCACAUGUGAUUGUUAUGGUUGUGGAGGUUCCUAACGUCUCAUGGGAGGAUAUUGGUGGAUUAGAGAAUAUUAAAAGAGAGCUUCAAGAGACUGUCCAAUAUCCCGUGGAGCAUCCUGAGAAGUUUGAGAAAUUUGGCAUGUCACCUUCUAAAGGUGUUCUCUUUUAUGGACCUCCUGGCUGUGGUAAAACCCUACUUGCAAAGGCAAUUGCUAAUGAAUGCCAGGCCAACUUCAUAAGUGUCAAGGGUCCUGAGCUGCUAACUAUGUGGUUCGGAGAAAGUGAAGCAAAUGUGCGGGAGAUAUUUGACAAAGCACGGCAGUCAGCUCCUUGUGUACUUUUCUUUGAUGAACUUGAUUCCAUUGCUACUCAGCGGGGCAACUCUGCUGGAGAUGCUGGGGGAGCUGCAGAUAGAGUCUUGAAUCAACUUCUGACAGAAAUGGAUGGCAUGACGGCAAAGAAAACAGUUUUUAUCAUUGGAGCAACAAACAGGCCAGAUAUUAUCGACCCAGCAUUGCUCAGGCCUGGGCGUCUGGACCAGUUGAUUUACAUACCUCUUCCUGAUGAGGCUUCCCGUCUUCAGAUAUUUAAAGCAUGUUUGCGCAAGUCACCUGUUUCUAGGGAUGUUGACCUGGCAGCUCUUGCACGAUAUACUAAUGGAUUUAGUGGUGCUGAUAUCACUGAAAUUUGUCAACGUGCCUGCAAAUAUGCCAUUAGAGAAAAUAUUGAGAAGGAUAUUGAGAAGGAGAAAAGGAAGCAAGACAAUCCUGAAGCAAUGGAAGAAGAUGAUGUGGAUGAGGUCCCAGAAAUAAAGGCAGCACAUUUUGAGGAGUCAAUGAAAUUUGCACGUCGAAGUGUUAGUGAUGCAGACAUCAGGAAGUACCAGCUCUUUGCUCAGACCUUACAGCAAUCUCGUGGAUUUGGUACUGAGUUCCGGUUUCCAGACCGUCCUGAGAAUGUGGCAGGUGAAGGAGCCACUGAUCCGUUUGCUUCAGCAACUAUUGCUGCCGAGGAGGAGGAUCUAUACAGCUGAACUGAAACUGGUGCAAGUUCUUAGUGUUCUCAAUCAUGUAAAUAUCUAACACAAAACGGCAAUACAUGCCAUAAUAGUAUGCUUUUUAUUUGCCAAGGAAUUUAAGUUUUAUGUUUUGUGCACCCUGCGGAUUAUGUAAGAGUUUUAUGAUAAUCAGCCCAAUAUGGGUUGGAUCUUGCCAUGAGGUGAAAAUAAAGGUCAUGUACAUUGUGCUUAA